CGGAGGCGGAGGAAAGCGGACCGGCCGCAGCCCCGACGUCGCCGCCCGCGGUGGGAAGUGCCUUAAAAGCCGCUGCUCGGCCCCCGCCCGGUUCUCGCCGGGCUGUCUCGGGAGGGUUCGCGGAGGCCGGGGACUGGCCGCCGACCGACUUCCGACGGAUCCCGGUCCCGCGGAGCCCCCAGAGCGGCCGACCUCGGCUUCGGAAAGACCCGGACGGACCCCGGGCGGCUCCAGGCACACCCGGCUGGCCCGGACGCGCCCCCUGCCGGCGGGCAGCGGGCCGAGGGCGCCGGCGGCGGGGGCAUGCGUGGCCCGCGGCAUGGCCUCGGCGGUGUUUGAGGGCACCUCGCUCGUGAACAUGUUCGUGCGCGGCUGCUGGGUGAACGGCAUCCGCAGGCUCAUCGUCAGCCGGCGCGGGGACGAGGAGGAGUUCUUCGAGAUCCGCACCGAGUGGUCGGACCGCAGCGUGCUCUACCUGCACCGCAGCUUCGCCGACCUGGGCCGCCUGUGGAAGCGCCUGCGGGACGCGUUCCCCGAGGACCGGCCGGAGCUGGCACGCGCGCCGCUGCGCCAAGGACUGGUAGCCAUAAAGGACGCCCAUGACAUAGAGACCAGGCUCAACGAGGUGGAGAAGUUGCUGAAGACCAUCAUAAGCAUGCCAUGUAAGUAUUCUAGGUCAGAAGUUGUGCUCACCUUCUUUGAAAGAUCUCCUCUGGAUCAGGUGCUAAAAAAUGACAGUGUACAUAAAAUUCAACCCAGCUUUCAAAGUCCAGUGAAAAUUUCAGAGAUCAUGAGGUCCAACGGGUUUUGUUUAGCAAAUACGGAAACUAUCGUUAUCGACCACAGUAUACCCAACGGAAAAGAGCAGCACCUGGGUGUGGAUCCGGCAGAGCAUUUGUUUGAGAACGGCAGUGAGUUCACCUCCGAGCCGGAGGACGGCGAUGACCCAGCAGUUUAUGACACCAACCUGUCCUAUUACCACCUGGUCCCCUUUGAGACGGACAUUUUGGACUGAGUCUUCAUGGGCCCUCCUCAGCCCUCAGCUGCUGGUUCUGCUGCUAUUCACUGGGCCCUAUCCCACCAGGGCCCCCGUGCCUGCACUGACUGAGCACGGCUCUGCUGCCAGGCCCCGCACCGAGGCCUGGUGUUCUGUGGUGAGUGGAGUAGUGGGGGUUCUGGGCUUAGCACCGACCCCACGAUCUCCAACAGCCAGGAGUCAGGCCCGGGAGUCCGCGAUGCCUGCUGCUGAGGAAGGCCCUCUCCCACUGCACACCCCCGGCCUGUUUCUGCAUUCCUAGGACUCGCUCGCUCCCCGUGUGGAGGAGCCACAAGUGCCUGCAAGACAUCAUGAUGCCAGGGGGCCACCCAGGGCCUUGCUGGGUUCCUCCUCGCCUGUGACUGCUUCCUGGGAGGAGCCUCCUCCUGGUGCAGGGGCCCAGGGCCAGGCGCCCCUCCCUCCUGCCAUCCCCAGCACGACAAGCACACAGAACAACCCACGUGAGAUCCUGUUGCGUCCCAAGUUCUGGGCGACACAGGCAGGGCAUAUUAAGUAACCAGCCUUUUCCUGAGAAGCUGGAUGUGUGGCUUCCAUUGUUUUUCACCUUUUGUCUGGAACCUGAGGGCUGGCUUUGUGGCAGCCACAGUGGAUGUUUACCGAAGGGGACUGUGGAUGGGGGCAGGAACGGGGGACCGUUGAUCACGGGGUGCUUAUGAGUUGGGGCUGAGUUAGUGAUGCUGCUCAUCAGGAAGAGAACCCUGCCUGGCCUGCCAGCAUCUCUUCAGGGGCCCAGUGCUAUGGCCACCUGGGCCCCGAGGUUUGUCUCUGGUUACCGGCUCUCCACUAUGGAACUGCCAUAGUAACGUGAGGGGAGAGAGUGAGAGGAAAGCCACGCACUCGGUUUGCCCGUUUCCCUCUGCCCUCAGGGAGGGUCUGGGGUCUGUGUGCUUAUUUCCUUUAUUUCUUCAGUGUCUACUAAGGACCAACAUCUGCUAAUGUAAAUAAUAAUAAAUUAUUGAAAAUCCUAAUUAUUUUACACAGUCUGUUUUUAAAUCUAUUUUAAUGAAAUAAAAUAUAUUACUCUCCUUU